UUUGAAAAUUUAUUUGUCAAAAGUAUAUUUAAAAUUGAAAAACAAAAUUGACAAACGACACUUGGUCUCACGUUGUAUUUUUGAAUUUGUUAAUUUUUGCAAGGAAAUUUUAAUUCUAAUGGACCAUUUAUUGGAUAUAUAUGGUUACCAGAGUGUCGGAUGAUCUCUUGAAUGUUUAAUGGUAUAUGAAGAAGUGGCCGCUUAUAUGGACUGAGGAAUCCUGGUAGGGCUCUGGUGAAGUUGUGAACUUGUACUCAGUCUUGAACUGACUGCCAGGCUGCUGGUUACCUAUAUAGCCAUACCCCGGUCACUGACUGUUAACUUGUGUGUUAUUAUAUCGUUAGUCACAUUUGCAUCUCCUUCGCGGCUAUAUACAAGUCACGUGCGCGUCUCCUAUUUCAUAUUAAUAGUCAGAAAAAUUUUCAAUGAAACUCGUAUCCAAUCAACCCCUAAAUUCAACCCUUAAUAAUUUAUUUACAUUUCUUUUUUUCUCAAUUAACAUGAUUUUUGUAAAUUUUAAUUAAAAAAAAAAAAAAAAAUAUAUAGAGAAUUAUGAGGCGAUGCUACUUGAAACCAAAUUUUAGACUCUAGCUGUUUUUGAAAAAAGUGUUUUUUUUAAAGUGUUUUGUGUUAGUUUUUGUAAACAAUGAUUUUUUAUUUUCUCGGGGGUCUUUUAUUAUUUACAAUCACAGGUAUCUUUGGUAAUUGUCCAAAAGUACAUCCACCAAAAUGGGGCGCAGUUCAGGAAAGAACGUUGGAAAAUGGUUCUUUGCAGACUGUUUAUUCUUGUGAUUCUGGCCGAAAGCUCAAGGGACAUAAAUUAUUAACAUGCACUGAAAGUGGAUGGGAUCAUCCAGUUCCAAAAUGCAUUGCAAUCGGUGGAAAAGCAAGUAAAUUUCGUAACGAUCUUCUGCUUUUAGACGAUCCAACAACGACAGACGCAACGAAGAAACGUUUUCAAUCUGGUAAAAAGAAUGUUGAGCACAAGAAAGUAAAGAAAGGAAAGAGGAAGAAACUGAAUUUAGACAUAACUUUGACGAACAUGAACGAGACUUUAGCUUCGAAGCUCGAUGUAAGCUGCUCUAAAGGAAAAGGUCUCUUUAAUGCUCCUCCUUAUCUGCAAAAUGCUCGCGCACCAAAGAUUGUAAGAAGGAAAAAUGUGGUUUCAUCGAAGAAAAAUUACCUUGUUGCUGUAUACGAAUGUGUGGAAGGAUACAUUUUGAAGGAUCCAAUGGCAGAUCGCAUGUUUUGUAGCAAACGAAAUUGGUUGGGAACGAUGCCAGAGUGUAUUAAAGAAGAAGAAUCGCUUCAAGAAAAUGUUAGACGCUGCGUACCAGACAACGGUGGGUGCGACCAUAUCUGUGAGGACAACCCCUCUGGGAUUCAAUGCUCCUGCUAUGAUGGUUAUCGUGCAAAUGGAACAUCAUGUCUCGAUAUCGAUGAGUGCAACGAAGGGACGUCUGGUUGUUCGCACAUUUGUCACAACGAUCGAGGAUCUUUUCAUUGUAAAUGUCCCAAUGGAUUUUCAUUGGACGCAGAGGAUGCUCAUUCUUGUCUCGACAUAAAUGAAUGUUUGACAAAUAAUGGACGUGGACCAUGUCAAGAUACUUGUACAAAUUUUGAUGGCGGUUAUCAGUGUAGUUGUAUGAAAAUACCGGGAUAUAAAUUGUCAUUGGAUAAUCAUACCUGCGAGGACAUUAACGAGUGUGAAGAAAAUAAUGCAGGAUGUUCACAAAUUUGCAUGAACACACCAGGAAGUGUAUUUUGUUUAUGUAACGAUGGAUUUAUCUUGGAGGAAAAUUCUAAAAUGUGCCAAGAUGUCAAUGAAUGUGAGGGAAUGAGAAAAGUUUGUAAUGAAUCAAAGCAAGAGGAGUGUGAGAAUACUAUAGGAUCUUACAAGUGUGUUGAGAAACUAAACAAGUCGUCGAAAAUCCUUCAGGAUGAGGAUUACGAUGCCGAGGAAAAUGACGAGGAAGAUGACGACGAGGACGAGGAUUACGAGGGAAUCACAGAACUUCCAGGAUUAGUGAAUUGUGAAGAGGGUUUUCGAAGGUCUGAAAAUGGCGAAUGUAUCGAUAUUGAUGAAUGCAUUGAAGGUGACGGUGGAGAACCCCAUGGAUGUGAGGAGAUUUGUAUAAACGAGCAAGGAGGCUACUAUUGUUCCUGUAAUUCAGGUUAUGAUAUUCAAGAAGACGGAAUAUCGUGCAAAGAUAUUAAUGAAUGUUUAAAAGAAAAUAUUUGCUCCCAUUCAUGUGAAAAUACUGAAGGUUCUUUUAUUUGCACAUGUCCGAGUGGAUUUACACUAAGUGAUAAUAAACGUAAUUGUGAGGAAAUUAAUAUCACUAAAAAUUGUUCAAAUUGUUCACAUGAAUGUAAAUAUACAAAAGAGGGUGCACAAUGUCUCUGUCCAUUUGGAUAUGAACUCGAUUUUAAUGGUUUAAUUUGCAUCGAUAUUGAUGAAUGCAAAGAAAAUCGUUGCUCUCAUUCAUGUGUGAAUUUAGAUGGUAGUUUUCAUUGUUCAUGUCCAAAUGGUCUUGAAUUGAAAGACGAUGAGAAAUUUAAUUGCACUGAUAUUGACGAAUGUGGGAAAAAUCAUGAUUGUGAAUAUAAUUGUGAAAAUAUUUAUGGUUCCUAUAAGUGUAGUUGUCCAUUGGGAUUGACAUUGAUUGAUGAAAAAAAUUGUAAGGACAUUGAUGAAUGUUCAAAUCACAAUUGUUCACAUCAAUGUUGGAAUGAAAUAGGAAGCUACAGAUGUCUUUGUCCAUUGGGUUAUGAACUAUCAGAAGAUUCAUUAAACUGUAGAGACAUUGAUGAAUGUCAAUUAAAUCAUGAUUGUUCACAUUUUUGUCAUAAUACACCGGGAAGUUAUAAAUGCACUUGUAAAGAGGGGACAAUAAUUGAGGAUGAAAAAAAUUGUCAAGAUAUUGAUGAGUGUCUUAAUAAUCAUGGAUGCUCUGAUGAUUGUAUUAAUACUUAUGGAAGUUAUUAUUGCUCAUGUCCAUCUGGUAUGAGUCUAGAUGAAACGGGGAGAAAAUGCACCGGAUGUGUAAAUAUAAACUGUUCACAUGAUUGUAUUAAUGAACAAGAUACAUAUAGAUGUACAUGUAGAAGUGGUUUUAUUUUACAAGCUGAUGGUGUGAAUUGUCAAGAUUUGGACGAAUGCCAAGAAGAUGAACAUGAUUGCUCACAUGAUUGUAUUAAUACUUUAGGUAGCUACAAAUGUGGCUGUCCAAAGGAAUUAAAACUACUGAGUGAUGAAUUGACGUGUGGCGAUCCAUUUUGCGCUGAAGGAUUUAGAAAAAAUGGUUCUGGUUGUCAGGACAUUGACGAAUGUUAUGAGGAGGAUCAUGAAUGCUCGCAUAAUUGUAUUAACGUUUAUGGUUCGUACAAGUGUACGUGUCCAAAUGGUUUUCAUUUGAAAGCUGAUCAUGUCACUUGUAUUGCUUCAGAUCAAUGUAAAGAUGAUAUGUGUUUAAAGAAAUGUAUUGUGGAGAAAAAUGGUUGUGAAUGUCCAUGGGGUUAUGAAUUGGAAGACAAUGGUUCAAAUUGCAAAGACAUUGAUGAAUGUGCUUCAAUGAAUAAUAAUAAUUGCAGUCAACAUUGUCAAAAUGAAGAGGGAUCAUAUUCUUGUAUUUGUUCAUUGGGUUAUCGACUUCAAUGGGACAAUCAUACGUGUGAGGAUAUUGAUGAAUGUUUGGAGGGUUUACACGAUUGUAAUAUUUGUCGUAAUCUUCCCGGAGGUUAUAAAUGCGAAUGUCCAUUGGGUGAGAAAUUUGCCGAGGAUUCGAGAAUUUGCAUUUUUGAUGAUAUUUGUCCUAUUGAUCAUGGAUGUUCGCAUACUUGCGAGAGGGAUAGGGAUCAGACUAGAUGUGGUUGUCCUGAAGGUUUUGAACUUGAUGAUGAUGAAAAAACUUGUAAAGACGUUGAUGAAUGUUUAGAGGCGUCUCAUGUUUGCACGCAUAAUUGUAUUAAUAUUGAGGGUUCUUACUAUUGUGAAUGUCCAGUGGGAUUUGAAUUGAUUGACGAUAAAAAAACAUGCGAGGAUGUUAACGAAUGUCUACUUAAAUAUCACACGUGCUCUGAUUUUUGUAUCAACACUAAUGGAAGUUUUAUUUGUGCCUGUCUUGCUGGUUAUGAACUCAAGGAGGAUCAUGUGACUUGUAUAGAUAUUAAUGAAUGUUUCGCUGAUCAUGAAUGCUCUCAUUAUUGUCAGAAUAUUGCUGGUGGUUAUAAGUGCUCUUGUCCUGAUGAUAUGAUGAUCAAUGAUGAUCAAAAGACUUGUAAAGAAUUUGAUAAUUUAACAACGGAUAGAAUUUUGGAAACUACGAUGGAAAAUUUCAAUUUUACAGAAGAAGAUUCCACUAUGGAAACAGGUACAGAUAAGAAUUUGGAUUUUAAUCAAUGUUUGUUGGAAAAUUGUAGUGAUCCUUGUGAAAAUUUUGGUUGUUCUCACGAAUGUAUUCGUAUUAUGACAAAUGAAAGUGUUUUGAAAAUUGAAUGCAGAUGUCCUGAGGGUUAUAAUUUAGUCAAUGAUGACAAGACUUGUAAGGAUAUUAAUGAAUGUUUCACGAGCAAUGAAAUAAAUAGUAUUUGCUCGUAUCGUUGUGUAAAUACUGAAGGAAGCUUUUAUUGUGAAUGUCCCAAAGGAUAUCAAAUUGGUCCAGAUCGAGUGAAUUGUGAAGAUAUAAACGAGUGCAGUGAUAAUAAUGCAGGAUGUUCUCAUUUUUGUAUUAAUAUCGAUGGUGGUGUGGAAUGUGCAUGUCCAAAUAAUUAUAAACUUGAAAAUGAUGAAAGAACUUGUAUUGAAUUUAACGAAUGUUCAGUGAAUAAUGGUGGAUGUUCUCAUUAUUGUAAUAGUCAAGAGGGAAAUAAUUUUUGCUCAUGUCCACAAGGAAUGAUUCUUGCUGAAGGUAAUACAAAUUGUAUUAUAGAAAACAAAUGUCUAAAUAACAAUGGUGGUUGUUCGGAUAUUUGUAAUUUUAUCAAUGGUACCAUUUUAUGUGAUUGUCCUUCAGGAUUUCAAUUAGAGGAUAAUAAUAAAUGUCUUGAUAUCGAUGAAUGUUUAAAUAAUAUUGAUAAUUGUCAACACGAUUGUAACAAUAAUUAUGGAUCUUUUGAAUGUAAAUGUAAAUCUGGUUUUGUUACUAAUGCAGAAGACAAUACAUUGUGUGACGAUAUUAAUGAGUGUUUGACGAACAAUGGAAAUUGUAGUCAAGGUUGUAUUAACACUGUGGGAUCAUUUAAAUGCUCUUGUUUUAUUGGUUAUACUCUAGAAAAUGAUAAUUCCACUUGUAUAUUAUCGGACGCUUGUGGAAUUGAUAAUGGUAAUUGUUCACAUCAUUGUCAUCAAGAAAAUGAAAGGACAAUUUGUUCUUGUCCACCGGGUUAUAGAUUGAAAUCAAAUGGAAAAAAUUGUGAGGAUAUUGAUGAAUGUGAGGAAUUUGAAAAUGAUGUGGAAAAAGGAUGUUCUCACAAAUGUAUUAAUCAUGAUGGUGGAUAUCAUUGUGAAUGUCCUGCGGGUUAUGUUCUAUUUGCCGAGGAUAAAAAAACUUGUAUUGAUUUUGAUGAAUGUUUAUUGUCAAAUCAUAAUUGUUCUCAUAAUUGUUUGAAUCUUUUGGGAAGUUAUCUUUGUACAUGUUUUGAUGGACAUUAUCUUCAUUGGGAUAGAUCAUCUUGUUUUGAUAUUGAUGAAUGUUUAGAGAGAAAUGGUGGAUGUUCUGAUUUUUGUAAUAAUACAAUUGGCGGAUAUUCAUGUAGUUGUCCACAAGGAUAUGAAUUGUCAAUUGAUGAGAAAACUUGCAUUGAUGUUGAUGAAUGCAAUAAUGGAAUGGCAAAUUGCUCCUACGAUUGUUUAAAUAUUUUGGGAUCUUGGAAAUGUGUAUGUCCAGAGGGUCAGGAUUUGGCAAAUGAUACACAAACUUGUAUUGAUAUUGACGAAUGUCAAUUGAACAAUGGUGGAUGUUCUCAUGCGUGUUUUAAUGAUCAUGGAAUUGGAAAAUGUAGCUGUCCAAUUGGAUUACAACUCAUUGAGAAUGAUAAAAAUUGUAUUGAUAUUGAUGAAUGUUUAAUGGAUAAUGGAAAUUGUUCGAAUAUUUGUAUUAAUUUAGAGGGGACAUUUAGAUGUGAUUGUCCCAAUGGAUAUUAUUUGAAAGAUGAUAUGAGAAAUUGUCAUGAUAUUGACGAAUGUAGAGGGGAAAAUGAAUGCUCGGAUAUAUGUUUAAAUACAGAGGGAAGUUAUUUUUGUAAAUGUCAAGAUGGUUUUUAUUUGACAAAAGAUGGAAAAACAUGUGUUGAUAUUAAUGAAUGUGAAAUUAAUAAUGGUGAUUGUCCACAUAUUUGUAUUAAUGAAAUGGGAUCAUUUCAUUGUGAUUGUUUGGCUGAUUAUCGUAAAAUUAAUGACACUUGCCAUGCUCUUAAUCCCUGUAUGGAAAGAAAUGGUGGCUGUGAACAAAAUUGUAAAAAUCAAGAUGGAUUUGCUGUUUGUUCGUGUGUUGAGGGUUUUAAGACGAUGGAAAACGACACAACAAGAUGUAUUGAUAUUGAUGAGUGUUCUGGUCCACAUGGAUGUCAACAUUUUUGUAUCAAUACUUUUGGCUCUUUUCAAUGUGGCUGCAAUAAUGGAUAUGCAGUCAAAAAUUCUUCUUGUAUUGAUAUUGAUGAGUGCCUUGAAAGACCAUGUAACGAUAGUAAAUGCAUCAAUGCCAUUGGGAGUUUUCGAUGCGAGUGCAAUCCGGGUUAUCGAUUCGAGAAUGGUGUUUGCGUAGAUAUUGACGAAUGUGCCAUGGGACAUUGUCGAGGUAGUUGCCUGAAUACACUUGGUUCUUAUAAAUGCACUUGUGAUGUUGGUUUCAAAUUACAUGGAACCGAAUGCUUAGAAAUUAACGAAUGUGAAACAAAUAACGGUGGUUGCGAUCAUGAUUGUUUCAAUACUAUUGGAUCAUUUUUAUGUAGCUGUCGAUUAGGUUACACACAGGAUACUAGGGAUAAGAGUAAAUGCGAAGACAUUGACGAAUGCCAAAAUCGAAAUGGAGGUUGCGAUAGUGUGUGUGUAAAUACAGAGGGAAGUUAUCACUGUGUUUGCAGCAAUGACACAAUUUUAUCUGACAAUGGAAAGACCUGCGUUUCCCGAAUUUCGAAAUGUCGUGCACUAAAAGUCCCACUCUAUGGAGAGAUUCGAUGCCCGGGUCAUUCAUCAGGUGCGACAGAUUAUCCAAUGGGUGCACGUUGCUAUAUUAGAUGCCAUAAUGGAUUCAAGCUUGAGGGUGCUCACGCUCGAGAUUGCGAGGCCGAAGGUCGUUGGAAUGGGAAGGAACCAAGUUGCAUUCGAGAAUACACUCCAUUGGAUCGUCCCUUCUACUCAGACAUGCCGCGACCAUACAUCAGGUGUCCGAGUAGCGUAGACGUGGAACUUUCGUCGAGGCAGAGAACCGUUCGAGUUUCCUUCCCUCAACCCAAGUCCAACGUGGAUUGGUGGAGGUUCGUGGAUGCCUCGCCGGCCUGGGGAAAACAAUUACAAGCGGAUUUACCCGCUGGCAUCACUAUGGUCACUUUCACAGCAUGGUCUCUCACAUCCAAUUAUACCAGUAGCUGCAGGCUCAUGAUUCGUGUUCGAGACAAUGAAAAUCCAAAAGUUCUGACGUGUCCAACAUCGUUUGAAGUUAGAUUAGAACAUGGAGAAGCGGGUCGAAUUGUUUUUUGGCAAGAACCCACUUUUGAGGACAAUGUCGAAAUUGACAGAAUUUACAAAACAAGGGAACCUGGACAGCAGUUGUACCCCGGUAUUCACAACGUGCGCUACAUUGCUUCCGAUGCUGCCGGAAAUCGAGCUGAAUGCCACUUCUCUAUACACGUUCGAGAGGCUGAACGUUAUCAAAAUUCUGAGAACAAAAUUUAUAAGAAGAUGCUAAUAUGUCCUGAUCGUCCGCCUCAAGUAGUGCCUGAAAAUUCAUUUAGAAUUCCUCGCGGGUGUUACACCAGAUAUACUCGUAUAUUUUCUGGAACGUAUGCAGUUCAAAAUUAUCGUACUCACUCACGUCGACAGGAUGAGUAUAGCACUAGAGCUGCUGCCUAUCAUCAAGUGCAUCCAAUUUUGCGAACGCGACAACAGGAUCAAACACGAGUGUAUCCCCUCGUCAACUGUAAGUAUGAACAAUCCAGUCAGAGGGAGUAUCAUUUGCAGCAGUUGCAAAGCCAUCAGUAUCUGCAAAAGCAACAGAUGUUACAAAGGCAGCAGCAAUUGCAAAGACAACAUCAACAUUAUCAGGGAACUGAUCACAAUUCUCGAACAAACGGUUAUAGCAGAGGACGCGUUGAAACCAAAAUACUCUCCCGACGUAAAUGUUGUACGUAGACAAAAUAUUUAUAAUAUGAAAAAAAAAAAAUUCAAGAAUCUCCUUGUAUCGAAAAAUUCACUCAUUUUCAUAAAAAAUAAUAAUUAAUUAUUACAAUUCAUCCAAAAAAAAAUAAAAAAACAUCUUUAAGAAUUAAACAUAAUAUUUAGAAUUAACGAAAAAAAAAUUUUUUUAAUUUUAUAUCCAGAGCAUUGUAAUCAAAUUAUAAUAGAGUAUAUAUAGUUUAUUUUAAAUUUACGCUCAAAAAUAUACCGGUUUGAAUUAUUAUUAUUAUUAAUAAUAUAAAAAAAAUGUAGUUAUACAAUUUUUAAAUGAAAUCUUUUGUUACAAAAAACCUUUAUGAAAAGACUCAUUAAAAAGAAUAAUUUAAAAUCUGAAGGUGCUGAAGACAUCGCCAACUCGGUUUUCUUUUUAACGAAAAAAAACGCCUUUUCUUUUUAUAUAUACCAUUUCUUUAAACAACACGAGUCUUUUGUAAAUAAUCCUUGACUGUUUAUUUUUGAAAGACUGCAAAAAUGUUGAGAUUAAAAAAAAUAUGAAUAAAUAAAGAAAUAUUUAUUAUAAUGAAAAAUGAAACAAUUUUUUAUUUUAUUAAAUAAAAAAAAAGAAGGAAAAGAAAAAAAAUUCAAACAUUUUGUAUAACGAUUAGUUUAUAGUCUAAUUAUUAGGAAAAAUAUGUA